GGCGAACCAGUCGGACAAGCAGAGUCGACAGCACCCAGCACAUUUUAGACGAAAAGGACUGUAUUUUUCCUUUCAGGCGAGACACACUAAGACUAUCUUCAUUCAAACAAAAUGACAGACAUCUUCGCUCCGAAAGACUCUGAAAACAUGUCAGUGAACAUUCAUGUCGACAGCCCUAAUGUGAAGUACACAGAUACACACAUUGUGGCUCAAUAUUCCUACCAGACCACAUCAGUACACAGAGAUGGGAACAAAGUCAAACUGAGCCCCCAAACCACUGACAUGACAUUUCGCACCGAGAGGCAUGUGCCCCGGCUUGGUGUGAUGCUGGCCGGCUGGGGAGGCAACAAUGGCACCACUGUCACAGCAGCUGUACUGGCGAACAAGCUGGGCCUUACCUGGAAAACCAAGACUGGUGUAAAGAAAGCAAACUACUACGGCUCCUUCCUGCAGUCAUCCACUGUUUGUCUGGGAUCAGGGAUCGAGGGUGAGGUCAAUGUGCCCUUCCGUGACCUCCUACCCAUGGUUCACCCUAAUGAUAUUGUCUUUGACGGCUGGGAUAUCUCCUCAAUGGAUCUUGGCAGUGCAAUGGAGCGUGCUCAAGUACUCGACUGGUCGUUACAAGAGCAGCUUCGACCAUACAUGAGUCGCAUGAAACCAAGACCGUCAAUCUAUAUGUCAGAAUUCAUCGCCGCUAACCAGGAGAGUCGAGCCGACAACGUCCUCGCUGGGACAAUGGCAGAGCAGGUGGAGCAGAUCAGAGCUGACAUAAGGGACUUCCGUCAGUCGAGCGGUGUGGGAAAAGUCAUUGUUCUGUGGACGGCCAAUACUGAACGCUUCUGUGAUAUCAUACCAGGGGUCAAUGACACCGCAAAGAACCUGCUAGCUGCGAUCCAGUCUGGCAAAGAGGUUUCUCCCUCCACUUUGUUUGCGGUUGCCAGUAUACUGGAAGGCUGCGCCUACAUCAACGGCUCUCCUCAGAACACCUUUGUCCCAGGGGCCAUCGAGCUGGCUGUGGAGAAAGGGGUAUUCAUUGGAGGAGACGACUUCAAGUCUGGUCAGACUAAGAUCAAAUCAGUGCUGGUAGACUUUCUGGUCAGCGCAGGCAUCAAGCCGACUGCCAUCGUCAGCUACAAUCACCUCGGAAACAACGAUGGGAAGAACCUGUCGGCUCCGCAGCAGUUCCGCUCCAAAGAGAUCUCCAAGAGCAACGUAGUGGAUGAUAUGGUGCAGUCCAACUCCAUCCUGUACCAACCUGGAGAAAAACCUGACCACUGUGUGGUGAUUAAAUACGUCCCAUAUGUGGGUGACAGCAAGCGUGCCAUGGAUGAAUACACCUCUGAAAUAAUGAUGGGGGGAACUAAUACUAUUGCACUGCACAACACAUGUGAGGACUCUCUACUAGCCAGUCCAAUCAUCUUGGACCUGGUGAUCCUGACAGAGCUUUGUCAGCGUGUGACUGUCCGGCCUCAGGGGGAGGAGGACUUCCAGUCCUUCCACAGCGUCUUAGCACUGCUCUCCUUCCUCUGCAAGGCCCCACUGGUUCCACCGGGGACCCCGGUUAUCAAUGCCUUCUUCCGCCAGAGAGCCUCCAUAGAAAACAUCAUGAGGGCGUGCCUCGGCCUUCCUCCUCAGAACCAUAUGCUCCUGGAGCACAAGCUGCAGAGAGACUUUCUGCCACCACACAACACCUACAUCAACGGCAACGUGACUUCUUUGAAAAAAGUUGCCAACACCAACGGGAACCAUAUAUGUCUAACAAAUGGCAUUUGUGCACAUAGCGAUGAUGCAGCAUAUGCAAUAUAACUGAAGAAACAACACUACAGCCCAAAAUAGAACUUAAAAUUCAUAAACUUUAAAAUGUAUAAACUUGAUACCUGGUAUAAAAAGAACAAUGGCCCUCAUUGAUCAAACUAUCAUGGCAAAAAAACAAGACAAUACAAAACAUAAUCACCAGUGGUUCGAAAACUUUGCAGAGUCAAUUUUUCAUCAUUCAUUAUUUGUUUCGAUCUAUUACAGAAAAGCAUGGUGCAGAAAAUGUGCAUAUUAUAAUUGCAAUAAGAAACAGAGCUAGAGGUUUGCUACAGCUAUGUGAAGCACAGACAAUUAGGCAAUCGGAGUCUCCAAACAUCAUGACUUUGUAUGAGGCAGGCUACUGAUUUACAAUGUAUUUCACAGUUUGAUUAUUUUUUGAAAAAAAUAACUAUUUAUGACAUAUUUUAAAAGGUAA